CCCCCGCCCCCAGCCUGGCCUCUCCCGGGCAGCAACAAGUGAGCGCGGCUGGGACAGCAUGGAAGUGCUGACAGUGGAUCGAGCCAACCUGCUCUCUUCCGCCUCCUCUUCCUCGUCCCUCUCCCAGCAAGAAGUAGCCACCAAGAUCAAGCAAACACACCGCCUGACGGUGCUGCUGAAGCACUGCUCUGAACAGCUGCUGGCAGAAUAUGUGCGUCACCAAGGGGAACCAUUCAGCAGUCCAGAUUUCCAACCCCCAGCCAUGGCAGUCCCCGGGCUGCCCUCACCCUCUGUCCCCCCCGAGGCCUGGCUGGCGCUCAGCGACGGAAAGCGGCUCUGGCACCUCGCCGCGGCCUACACCACCCUGCCCGGACUCCUGGGUUCCGUGCUGCAGCAGCAGGCUGAGCUCAACCCUUUGGCUUCGGAGCUGCAUCGGCAGCUGGAGGCUGCAGCCCGUCAGUGCCGGGGGCUGGCCGGGAACCUGGAGGGGAUCAUGGGUGCCUUGGGGGUGCCAGGCCCCCCACCUCCUUCCUCUAGCCUGGGUGGCCCACCCCCCAGCGCCUUCCUGGCUAAGCUGAGCGGGUACCACGUGUGCCGGCUGCAUCGGGACUGGGCCAUGCGGAGCCAUGAGGCGCUCGGGCUUCUCCGCACCAAGUACCCACUGUGAGUGCCUCCAUCCUCCCCUCUGCCCCCCAGAUCCCGCUGCCCCCCACUUGUCUCUCCCCGGAACCCUGGAUACUGCCCCCUCCCCGCAGAUAUCCCCUGCUCCUGUCAACCCCCAGGUCCUGUCCUCCAUCUGCCCCUCAGAUGAUCCCUGCCCCCCACAUGAAUCCCCCUUGCACCUGCCCCCAAGUACCCCUGCUCCAACCAUCCCCCCAAUAAACCUUCUGCUCCCCCAUCUGCCUCCCUCAACCCUCUGCCCUCCCUGCUCCAACUUCUGACUCUCACACACUCUCCUCCCC